GAUGACGAAGAUGAUGAAGAUAAUGAGGACUCACUCGAUGAAGUUGAUGAGAAACCACUCCAUGAAGCCAUCGUAGCUCAAAGAAUGAGGCUGAGCGAGGAGGAGGUGUGCAACCUAUGGGACAUAAUUCCGCCAUGUGAUGACUUUGUCGGGGUGCCAUUCGUGACCCGCCUAACAAGUACCAUGGUCGAUCGGCAUGAAAUGACAUUGCCAAAGAACCUAUAUGUGAGUUGUUGUAUCGAGCCUGAUGAAGAAGGCUCAGCUGGACUACGCCUUACCGCAAGGGGCUCCGUCACCACCUGUACUUACCGCAUGGACACAGACGGUCGCACACACUUAAACUCGGUUGGGUGGAAGAGGUUCCUCGUUGGCAAGAAUCUUCGUGUUGGACAGGCCAUCCUAAUUACUAUCAGGAACACCCACCGCCCAGGCUUCAGGAUGAUGAUCGUCGUCGAUAUCAUCUAGAACUACAUAUGUG